UGGUUGCACACCGUUUCACACUAGGAAAACAAGUCGUUCAACCAGGAAACCGCAGGAAAACGGUGCACACCGUUUUGAGAUUGAACGUGCCCUUGUUUUUUAAGGCAGUUACCAUGACUACAGUCGACAAGCGGCAGCUAAGUUAAACGUAAACAGCCCACUUUCAGGUCCUAGCUAGCUAGUUUGUCUCGGACCGGUUGUGAUAAAGUUGUGAGAGCUAGUAAACUUGGGAGAAAUGGAGACAGGACCGAUCCAGGUCAAAGUGCCAGGCAGUAAUAGCCAGUCUACAGAGCGCAGAAAAAAGGAGCUGCGUAAUUUAUUGGCUAUGUGUGUCGAAGACGAGACUGAACCCAAAAAUAACUCGGCUCUCCCUAAACAAAAGCAAGACAGUCCUGACCAGAAGAUGAUCCUGAUGAAACAAGAGAUGAAGAGAGACAGGCAAUGUGACAUUGAACGGAAGAGCGCACAGCUGGAGGCAUCUCUGAUGAAGAGCAGGAAAGACAUUAAGAAGCUGAAGAAGGCCAUUAUCACAAAGACGGCGCAUAUAAAACAGCUUGAACAGAGCCUUGAGAUAGAGAACAAAAUCUCUGAACAGUGCCUCAAGAGGAUUGAGAAGAAAGCUGAGGAUGCCAGAACACUUUUUGAAAAAGAGAACCAGAAGAGAGAAGAGGCAAAUUCUACAACUGUGAAGUUAACUAAAGACAUAGGGACCUUAAAAAGUGAACUCGCCAAGAUUGAGGAUAUCCUGAAUAAAUAUAAGAGGUACAAGAACAUUUUGUUCAAGCUGUCACCUCCGGAAUGGCAAGAGGGUUCAGGGUCCAGUCCGGGUCCAGUUGUGCCAUCCAGCAGGGAUGCCCGCGACGACACUCUCAACAGCUCAGAAUGUGAGGAGAAGCUGGAGCUGUACUUCUCUGAUCCCCAGCAGCUUCUGGAUCGGAUGGCCGAGUUGACGGAACAGAACCUGUGCCUGAUUCCUCACUCUACCCGGGUGGACGAGACGCUGCAGGAGCUCAAGCAGACCAUCGAGGCAACCUGGAAGAAAAUGAAAAAGGAAGACGAGAAGUUAACAUUGCAGGUGAAUGACAUGGAGGACAGAAUCAGAAACGAAACGGAGAGAGCUACUUUGCUCAAAAAGAAGGUUCAGCUCCAUGACUCCCUGAAAACACAGGACCAGUGCCUACAGGACAUUAUGUUGGAUGCUCUGGGUGCCAAGGUGACAGAAGUGCAUCGCUGCUGCGUGGACAGCCGCCUGACCAACCUCAGCACCUUGGAGAAGCUGUCCAGCGUGGAGUACCGUAUGACCGUGGUGCUGGAGCUCAUCGAGAACAUCCCAGAGGAGGACCUGGAGACACUGAGGAUGAUCAAAGACAACGAGAGGAAGGCUAGGCAACGUGAAGAGCAGCUGAGGCUGGAGAUGGAGAGAAAGCUAGAGAUGAAGAAGAAGUGCUUUCAAAAAUCCCACAGUGACAGCAAGAAAAUAACUGGAAGAAGGCUCAUGCCCAGAUGCAUCCCUCUGGGGCAGAAGGGCAAAGUCAGCGCUGAGGACAACGCUCCUAACGAGGAUGAACUCCAUGCCUUCCUCUUCACCGCCGAGGACUCUUGAAGUGUAUGAAAAUUCACCAGUUUUCCAGAAAUAAUCUGAUUGACCACAGCCAGUGCAACCUCA